CGAGGAACUGCUAUUGACGAUCCAGGGACGCCACAUCCUAGCCCUCUCUGCCUUCAAUUAUUGCAUAUUCUCUAACCCCUUUCUUGCAUUAGCCUUGAUCCAGGCCUACGCGUUUAGUUCACCCAUCCAACCACGUGCUUCUGUUUUGAUUCCUCCAAGUUGAAAUGGACAUGAACGGCGUACGCUGAAUUCAACAUUUAGGGCUGUGAACAUCAGCCUUGACUACAUCGCUCUUAUCCGAGCCAACCGUCGGCUUUGAGUGGGCGAGGUUGAUGGUGCUUCUCAGCAAGAUUGUUUGGGUGAUUUGCGGUGUGACUUUAGUCUCAACUGACUUUGACCACGCCCAGAGACGCUUGAGGGGCUCACUUCUCACAUCCCUUACUUUGUACCUGUUGAUCGUUAUGUGCAGCAGAUGGAGUCUGGUAGAGUCUUCGGGCAUCAUCCCUAUUACCGUCAAUAUCGCUUGGACUCUAAUGUGGGAGCGGGAUCGAGACGAAUCCCAGGCGCGGCAGGCGUUAUUAGGUGUCAUUCCGGGGCAGAGGCCGACUUUGUCCGAUGAAAACCCCCUUGCAUAUCAAGAUGAUAUGACACUCCCGUGUGCGCAAUUACAGGAUCACCCGCUCUAUCAACAACCAUUUUGAAUACCUACGAGCACUAAGAGAAAGGGAGUGAACAAACAGUACUUAUGCAAAAGUAUUUAGCAUCAUACGGCUGGGAAAGGAAAAAGACUGGCAUUAUCAAAAGAUGCGAUAUAGGCACCGUUCUAUCGGCGUCCGAGGCUUACGGAGAGACAUGAGUUUCAAUAACGAUUCCUCUUUACAAUUAAGAAACCAAUUAGUGUACGGGCACUAUGAUUUCUUUCUACUAUUAUAAUACUCUUCCGUGAGAUUUGUUCCGCGUCGAUUAGCUUCUAAAUGGGUAAUGCUAGCUGAACGUGGCUGAAAAUGCGGGGACAUAGAAUUCAUGUCCUCCUGGGAUUACUUUGUUAUCGGACACCACCUAG